AUGACUUCUACGACCCCUCCGGAAAUCGCGGCACACGCCGAAUCCCUCAUUCCCAAAUUCCAAUUCACACGACUUCUCAACCAAGACCAAGCCGGCCGGCGUAUAUCUCUUCUGGGAACCAUUGAGUCCCAGCCUGCCCUCUUGACCGCAGAGCGUGCUGCAUUUGCCAUUGACAAUGACCACCUCAUGUCCUUCCCUACUUCGCUCUCUACCAUCAAGAACCUCGGUGCUAAUGACAUCUACCACUGGUUCCUGGCGUCCUCUCGCACCUCACAAGACGACACGCGCUCCCAACCGCCUGACCUGAAGCUCAACCUCAUCUAUCCAUGCACAGAGCAGCACAUCAAGAAGUAUUCCGCCCAAGGCUUGCGCAUGGUGACCGAGACGCCUUCCAUCUACGCCUCUUACAUACGGCCGUUUAUGCAGCAGAAGCGGGAGCAAGGGCGCCUCAACUGGGUCUUCAACAUCCUCGAAGGCCGCACUGAGCAGGAAGACGUCAUCUACCGCGAGCAUGGUGACGAGGGCUUCUUGCUCCUCCCCGACCUGAACUGGGACCGGAAGACCAUUUCGAGCCUCCACUUGCUAGGCCUGAUAGAGAGGCGAGACAUCUGGAGUGUUAGAGACCUGAAAAAGACACAUGUGGGGUGGAUCAAGCACAUGCGGGAGAAGUUGCUUGAUGCAACAGUGAAGUUGUAUCCGGACUUGGAGAAAGAUCAACUGAAGCUCUAUGUGCAUUACCAGCCUACUUACUACCACUUCCACAUCCACAUCGUUCACGUCGCUCUCGAAGCCGGCUCAACACAGGCGACCGGCAAAGCCCUCGGCUUGGAGAAUAUCAUCUCGCAGCUCGAGACCCUGCAAGGCGGCGAUGACGCAGGCAUGGCAGAUGUGAGCCUAACGUAUCAUCUCGGAGAAGCGAGCGAGCUCUGGGAGAAGAUUUACCUCCCUCUAAAGGAAGGACGAGAGGUUGUACUGUCCUAG